AAAGUUUUCUUUUAUUUAUUUGAUAAUAUUUAUUUUGAUAAUAUUACUCUUAUUUUAUUUAUAUUCGUAACCUAAUUUGUAAUAAUAAGUGCAAAAGUAGGUGAUUACCUCGUUGGAAUUUCAUAUUUAGUUACGAGACCAGACACGCUUCAUGAAUGGAAGCAACGUUUACUUACUUGGUUUAUUAAAUUUAUUAACUUUACCGGUAACAUAAUGAAAGAAACAAGUUCUCCGGAGACAGGUGCAGAGAUCAUUCGAUGUGGCUGGUUAAAUCAAGAUCCAAUUUACAUCGCUUACCACGACGAGGAAUGGGGGAAACCACAAUAUGAUAAAAUAAAACUCUUUGAAAUGCUGUGUUUAGAAGGACAACAGGCAGGUCUUUCGUGGAUAACAGUUUUGAAAAAACGUGACCACUACCGUAAACUGUUUUAUAACUUUAAUCCAAAUAAAAUUGCAAAGAUAAGAGCAAUUGAUGUUGAAACAUAUAUGAAGGACCCUGGAAUUGUUAGACAUAAGGGGAAAUUAGAAUCUAUUAUAAACAAUGCAAAAUGCUUCUUAAAAAUGGAAGCGGAAGGAGAUAACUUUUCAGAAUUUAUUUGGGAUUUUGUAGACCAUAAACCGAUAAUAAAUAACUGGAGCACUCACAAAGAAAUUCCAACUGAGACUACAAAUUCAAAAGCCAUGUCCAUAGCUUUGAAAGCUAAAGGCUACAAGUUUAUCGGAUCAACCAUUUGUUAUGCAUUUAUGCAAGCUUGUGGGCUUGUUGACGAUCAUAUAUUAAAUUGUGUUAGCCGCAUUAAAAAUAAAUAAAUGUAAAA